AUUUCAGUAUACACUUACACUUGGCAUUUGGCUGACGACGCCGAGACUAAAUUUACUACUCUCUCUCUGAGCCACGUUUUAUUGUUGUUGUUGUUGUUACGCUCAAUCGACAUAGAUAGACAGGGCAACCGAAAACAAACAAACAGACAAACAACAACAAGAACAACAUUGUGUUGUGCAAUCAAUCAACCAAUCCAUCCAAUUCAAUCCAAUCCAGUCCGUCCAAAAUGUCAUCCAUACAGUUCACAUUUUAUAUUGGCUCAUUGAUUAGUCUAUUAUUAUUUAUUAAUACCUGCAAUGCCAUCGAGUGUUAUGUGUGCGAUGCUAGCGAUACUGUUAACCCAUUCCAAUGUGGCGAAUGGUUCGAACGCUUCGAUCAGCCGGAUAUAGUGCCACAGAAUUGUUCCAGUGUGCAUGGUGCAACAUUUUGUGUGAAGCAUGUGGGACGCUUUGAGGGCGGCAUUGGGGCAAAACGUUUCUGCAGCUCCAAGGAUUUGGGCAAUUAUUGUGAUUAUGUGAAAAACAAGGGCGAUCGCAUGGAAUAUCGUAGUUGCAUCUAUACAUGCGAUACAGAUGGCUGCAAUGGCACAAAUCAGCUGACAGCGACAGCACUUUACACAAGCUUAAGUUGGGGUGUGGCGUUACUAAUGGCAACUAUCUGGCAACGCUAAGCAUAAGCAUGACAUCGACGAGACAAGAGAGCGAGAGUGAGAGAGAGUGAGAGGAAGCGUGUUAGCCAGAGCGACACACACAACAUAGCUUUGUAAAGUAAACAAAGAAGAUGCUUUGUUUCUCUAUGAUUAAACAAAUACAUAUAAAUCUCUAUAUAUAAUUAUAUAUUUUUUACUUUUUUUUUUAUUUUUAUCUAUACCUUUAUAAGUUGAUCUUAAACUUUAGUAAAGUGCCUCAAACAAAAAUAAAA